AUGAAAGAGACCGUUGGUUUAUGGAGAAAAUUAUGUGUUAUCAACAAACGAUUGGAUGGGAAAAUGGCAAUUGUGACAGGAUGUAACACUGGAAUCGGUCUUUAUACAACCAGUGAAUUAGCUCGUCGUGGUGCAACAAUCAUUAUGGCAUGUAGAAAUAUUGAACGAGCCAACAAAGCUAAAACACGUCUAAUGGAACUGUAUGGUAAGAAUAAUGAGAAAAGUGGCGAAACAGAUAUUGCAUGUAGUCAAGUGAAGUCAUCUUUAAAGCCUAUCGAGUCAGAUCAGAAUAUUAUACGAUUUCUUAUGCGGACUGUAUUUACUACACCAUGGAAAGGUGCACAAACUACUCUAUAUACUGUAUUAACAGAUAACUUGACUCCUGGAGGUUAUUAUUCAAAUUGCACAUUGAAAAAACCUUCAAAAUCUGUUCAAAAUGGGGAAGACAGAAAAUGGUUUUGGAAUAAAACAUGUGAACUAUUGAACAUACAAUGUGAUAACUAG